GCAGCCCCCGCUGAAAUGGAAGAUGGCCCUAUCGCAGAGCCUGAAGCCUGUGACCAGAUGUACGAGAGCUUGGCACGGCUCCAUGCAAACUAUUACAAACACAAGUACCCUCGCCCCAGAGACACAAGCUUCAGUGGCCUGUCCUUGGAAGAGUACAAGUUCGUCCUGUCCACAGACACCUUGGAAGAGUUUAAAGAAAUGAAUAAAGGCAUGUGGAAGAGACUGCAGGAGAAGUUUGCCCCCAAGAGUCCCGAGGAGAAGCACAAGGCCUGGGCGAGGUCCCUGUCUCACCCACGUCCCUAAGUCUGGGGUCUCGUACCUGUCGUAAAUAAAACUGCCCUGCCUUCCCCCCA